CGGGGGCUUUUCGCGCCCACACGCGCUCCUCUGGUUCUCUUUCGCGCGUUACAUCUCGCGUCGUUAGGUUCUCUGGACGCCAGACCGUACGGGGACUCCCCAUCAUCGGUUUCUGUGUCCGUUCUAAACGCGCGAUUGCGUUGUUGUGACAGACGGAGUAGAGCAUGACGAGGAAACAAACGGUGAUCGUGAAGCUUAAGAGAUCCAGCGCCGGCAAACCUUGGGGGAUACGUAUCGCCGGAGGCGCUGAUUUGGGCACGCCGAUCGUCGUCACCCGCUCGGAGAACGAGGCGCUCCAGAGGGGUGACGUGAUCAAGAAAAUCGACGAUUACGACUCGCGAGACGUGAGGCACGUAGACGCCCAGAAUCUCCUCCAAACCUCUGAAUCCAUAAGGCUUGUAAUCGAAAGGUCUGACCAGUCGAGUGCGUCUCGUAUCAACAUUACCACGUCACCUCCGAUUAUCAAGCCGAUCAUUGGCAACAGGGCUGCGGUCACUAGUCUACCCAAAAAACAAAAAGUACCGACGGAGUUGCCGAAGAGUCCUGGGCCUCCACCCUGCUACGACGAAUACAGUCGACCUUCGACUCCUCAGGAACCGUUUACCUUGCCCCACGAUCACCUGGACGAGAUUCGCGAAGAAAAGGUCCUCAGGUCGCAGCCGUACCGCACGACUCCUCUUGUUUUACCCGGUGCGAAGGUCAAGAAGGAUGCACCACUCGGAGAAUGCUAUCUGCGUCACCAUCCAAAUCCGAUGAUCAGAGCAGCGCCUCAUCACUACGAACCAGCUCAUCCUGAAGUUGCUAUGAAGCAAAAGGUGGCGGAAUCGGUACUUCAACGUGUCUUGGGACCGAAUGAAGUUCCAAAGGUAGUCCACAAGCAGUUCAAUUCACCGAUUGGCCUCUACUCCGAACAGAAUAUCGCUGACACUAUUAAAUGCCAGGCGUCCGCUAUACCCCCGAAGAAACCGAUGAAGUACGACCCGAGUAAGAGCGAGGCUUACAAAGCUCUGCAAGAGGAAGGCUAUGGCGACACAGUGCAGGAGGUGAAACAGCCAGCGCGCACUGGCGUUUUCUCGCCGCAGAAAGUCAACCAAAAUAGGGUACAGUACGCUCGACCGAAGAGUCCCGCUGGACCAUUUGUAAAUGUCAACGACGAUGAUGGCGAGAAGAUUCAUCAAAGUAACAGCUUCAAGAGGAUUAUGUAUAGUGUGCUGGGACAAACUGAUUAUUGAAUCCAAUUCUGAACUGAUGCUAUAAAUAUAUCUUAUUUAUAAUAUAUACAUAUAUGUAUAUUUUAUUUAUUGUAUGAUGCAAUAAGUGGUAACGAGAAAAGUGCCAAAUUAUAAGCAACGAUUAAACGAAAUAAAAAAAAUAAAAAGUAUAAUAUUAUUACUAUUGAGAGAUCAAAGUAAUUGCAUACAAAUUGAAUUUUCCGAAAUGUAACAACUUACCAAAGAUUUCGAUGAAGUUACAUUAUUUAAUAAACAUUCGUAAACGUG